AGAGCGCUCGUUUGUUGCCACUUACUUGAGAUCACACGCUCGUCAAAAGAGAGAGAGGGAGAUAGAGAGACAUCGAGGAAGAAAGAGAGAGAGAGAGAGAGAGAGCUACACACACACACACACACACACACACACACACACACACACACACACACACACACACACGGUCAAAUUGAGCUUUAUCUCUCGCGGUGGGUCACUCAAUAAGAGCCAUUUGGAGCCAGAGGCGAUCCGGAGCGCGCAGGAGCCGCAGAUCAUCAGAAUCAGUGAGGCCAGCAGCCACAGAGCACAUUUCUCCACACAGAGACGGAAAAAAACGCAGACACGGAAGAGAAGUGAGAGGCAGAGUGAGGGACGGACGGCAGCACGAAGUUUGACUGUGCGGGAUAAUAAUAAUAAAAAAGGAGCGGAUCCAAAGUGAAAGCCAAAGAGGCCGGGAAGAGUUGGUGAAGAUGCCGCGGGUAGUCCCGGACCAGAGGAGCAAGUUUGAGAAUGAGGAGUUUUUCCGCAAGUUGAGCAGGGAGUGUGAGAUCAAAUAUACUGGAUUCAGGGAUCGGCCCCAUGAGGAGAGACAAGCUCGCUUCCAGAACGCCUGCAGGGACGGACGGUCAGAAAUAGCCUUUGUAGCUACAGGUACCAACCUCUCUCUCCAGUUCUUUCCAGCCAACCAGCACGGAGAUCAGAGGCAGGUUCCCACAAGGGAGUAUGUCGACUUUGAGAGAGAGACGGGAAAGGUCUAUUUAAAGGCUCCCAUGAUUUUGAACGGCGUGUGUGUGAUCUGGAGAGGCUGGAUCGACCUACAGAGGCUGGAUGGGAUGGGAUACCUCGAGUAUGAUGAGGAGAGGGCGCAGCAAGAAGACGCUUUGGCCCAGGCAGCGUUUGAAGACGCUCGACGCAGAACCAGAGACUUUGAAGAAAGAGACCGAUCACACAGAGAGGAUUUAGAGGACCCUGUGGUUUCUAAAAUCUGGGACUGAUGACACACAGACAGACAGCCAGCAGAAAAGAACAGGACGACAGCAGGACCCCAGCCCUGGCUCAAACAUGGCCAACGCUGACGUGGAACACAAGAUGCGCUGAGGAGGAAAAGGAUGAGGAAGUGGAAGGAGAAAGAGAAAAAAAAAGGGGGGGGGGGGGGGCUGCCUGUCCAAUCGCUUUCAAUACAAUCAACUGGAAAAAAAGUCAACUUUAAAUGCAAUUGUUGACCAAUUGUUAACCAUUAUUUCCUAACAGGUUUGAUAUGAUUGUUUUCACAUGCCAAACAUUUUGGACAUAUUUCGAUGUAGAAGAAAAUAAACUUCCUGAAUUGAUUGUAUAGAAAGUGAACUAAGCUCUAAAAUGGAAGGAUUAAAAGGAAACAGACCUGGGCAAAAAGUAAUUAAAUACUGUAAAUGCAGAGGAAGGAGCAUGAGCGGUUAAAUAAGCAUCAUAUUGCAAAUGCAAAACAUAAAUAGUCGAAGUUGGUUCUUGGGUGAUUUUAGAUAUAUAUAAAGCAGAAAUCAAGUCAUUUAAAAAUGUGUAUAUUUUUUGUCCAGGUCUUAUUUGUUGGAUCAAGUACCAAAAGUGUAUUUUCUAUUAAGACAGAUGUUGACAAUAGAGGGCGAGGGGUUGUAAGGGGUUAUAAAGGCCAUUGGUUAGGGGAGAAGGAGCAGAGGAAAGACAGAUUUGUUUGGCUCAGGGUCACGGUCGGGGCUUAUCGGUCAGGAUUACCAGUAGAGCAUGCAUCAAAUGCGAGGUGUUGACAGUUUGUGAAAAUGCAUCGCGUCUGCAUUGUUCAGUGUUGUGCAACACUUCACAUUUGUGAACAUGCCCUUGUUAACCCCAACUAUACCUAGCUCACUUCCUGAAACCUGCUGUUUUCUUAGACCAAAGUUCACUCUGCUGGAAAGGGAGGGAGGGGGGUGUGGGGGGGAGACGGCGAGUCGCAUUCAAAAAAAGUGGGCAGGUGGGAGGAGAGCAUCGAGAUAGAACUAUGCCAGGUUGUAGAGGUAAGAAGUGUUUGCUGUACUAUAAUAUUCAUGAUCUCGUUAAAGGUCCAGUGUGUAGGAUUUAGUGGCAUCUUGUUACGAGGCUGCAGAACUGAAACUUCUCCCGUGUGAUAUGCCAACGUACUCUCGUAGAUCUCCUACUAAAAUGUAAGCACAACUGUUUGUAUGAUAUGAUACGAAUUAGCGCCCCAUGAGUGAGUUUAAAUCCUUAAUGUACGAUAACAUAAUUAACAUACAGCUACAGCCCAAGGGAAAGUCUGUAUUUUUGUGAACCAUCCACCACCCCAGCCUGCACUCUAAUAAGAGCUCCUUUUUUACUCCCGUCAGCGCAUUGGUCACAUGAUCGCAACCUUGCAAAAUACGUGGGAUAUGUUCGAAUUUGGGUGCAUUUCUUUGCAUAAGAAAAUGUCUCCAGAGUUUGUGGGAACAGCCUGGCUAAGCAUGUUGAAAAACUAUGUGAAUGGUCCUAUCUAGAGCAAGUUUUUUGUUUGUCCAUCCUGGGCCACUGUACGGCUCAUUCUAAGGUAAAAAAAACAAAAUUAGUCUUAUUUUCAGGUGAUAAUAAAAUAAUGAAAACAUAGUUAUGAAUGUUAUGUACCAUUUCUGCAGGUAGAUGCCCCUAAAUCCUACACACUGGACACAUCACUUCGGUGUGAUGCUAAAUCACGGGUUAUGUAGCAACAACCUUGAGGCAGGACAGCCAACAAAGAAAACUGCUGUCAACCCAGUUGCCAGAAUAAAUGUUAGCUUUUUCUGUUUCUGCAAACCUUGGAGAUUUUACAUUUUUAUGUUUUAUAUGUAG